UUUCGUGCGUAAACGGAAGAGAACAGUGACCAAGAACAAUUCACGUUAGCGUUUUUGUUAAUUAGACGUUUAUGUUACACAUUGGAACUCGAAAUAUGACUAAUUGAACAGCACAGCAUCACAUACUUACUUCAGGUAGUCUUUAAUUCGCGCUGGAGACAGGACUUGGUUGAUAGACGUUAUCUAAGUAGCCGCUAACGUUAGCUAACAAUGGUUUUUCACACUCAAAUAGCCUCCAUCAUGGAGGUGCUAGCGAAUGCAGCCGUGGCAGAGAUAUGUAAACUCGUAGACGACGACUAUGCAGUGUUUCGUUUGGAAAUGUCUCAAAGCCAGAAAGAAAACAGGACAUUGCGGAGGAAACUACAGCAAUUGGAACUGAAGGUGGUACGGGAGCGCGCAGAGAGGACAAUUAGAGACCGCGUCCGCGCCAGUCGUCCCUGUAGUGUCAAGAUCCUCGACCAAUAUAGAGGAAUGGCAAGAGGUGAAGGACAUCUCACUGGAGGCUACAUGAGCUUUGUGAAGCCAGUGGGACACAACGCGUGGAGAGAUGACACACCCAUAGCUGUAGAUGAGGGGAGUGGAACCUCAACCCAGCAUGUUAUUUUGAUAGAGUCUGCAGAUGCAGAGGCUGCUGGUUCUGGAGGAUCGUCACAGGUUAAACAGGAGAGGACUGAAGGAGAGGACCCACGAGACAUCCAGACUAGAGCAGCGGCUGGAGUGCCGCCCCCUGUAGCCACGGAGGACCUCACCGCCUCGCCCCAGCCAAGGACCCGACACAGCAUCACGGAGGAGGAGGGUCCAGAGGUGGUGAUGUUGAAGGAGGAGGGUCUGGGGAACCCUGAGGGGACCAUGGUCAUGGAGGACAACCAGACUACACCUCCUCCUGAACCCACAGAGGAACCAGCUGAGCAGAACAGGACCACACACAGUCUCACUGAGUCAGUAGACAUGGAGGAUGGGAAGCCUGAUCUGCUGCUGGUCAAAGAGGAGAUAAUAGAAGAUGGACCAGAGAGCAUUGAUCUGCUGAGUGGACUAAAGAUGGGGGAGCAAGGUGGUUGGUUGGACGCUAACGGAGGAGAUUGCUCUGCCAUUUUUGAUUCUCAGACUGGUGCAGCCAUGUGUCCAGGGGACGACAUCAAGCAGGCCAGGACCAGAGGCAACAUAGUGGAGGUCAAUGGAUGGGACAGCAUCCUCAACUCUGGGCUGGGGAACAACACUGUUAACCACAACCAGAAACAGACAGUCGAGCACAAAACAACAUCCAAAAUAAGUCUCCAUGACAACAGCACGGCUGAGACCAGGGUGAGGCGUAGAUUUGGUCUGCGGGGACGGGGAGGUGUCAGUAUGCGGCUGGAGAGAACAGACACUGACUCGGCUAGCGAUGCUCCGUCCUGCUCCUAUAGUUGUGAUUCAGAGAGACUGAUGGCGCCUCAGGUUAACCCACUAACAGGUGCUGCCUUCAGCCUGCCUUCUAUAGGAUCUAUCAACUGGAACAUGGACCCUGCAACAACACAGACUCUCACUGGCCUUCGUCCUCCUCACACUCUCCUGUUAAACCAGACCUCAGACAAUGCCAGUGGCUCAACACUAAAUGGCUACAAAAGCCCAUUGACAAAUGACGGUAGUAGCAACGCUAUCAGUAGAUCCGAUGGCAAAGAGAAGCGCUUCCCGUGUUCAUUCUGUGGGAAAGCUUUCAGUUUCCCCAAACAGGUGGAGAUUCACCAGAGGAUGCACACAGGGGAGAAACCGUACAGCUGCCACCUGUGCCAGGCCAGUUUUUCACACUCGUCCAACCUAAAGCGGCACCAGAGGGUCCACACAGGGGAGAAACCCUUCAGCUGUACCCAGUGUCACAUGCGCUUCGCUCAGUCUGGCAACCUGAAGAUGCACCUGAAGGUCCACAUGGGAGAGAGGCCAUUUGCCUGUACGGACUGAGGUUCUUAGAGGGGAGUUACCUCAGGAUACACCAGCAGAAAAAACAUUCCACUCUAUAACAUAGAAAGUAACCAUUCAUUUGAUAGUUUCUGACUGACAUCACACCCUGCAUUAAAAACAAAGAUUCCUUUUCAUUGUCAGCAGAAAAGAUGCACUUGGAAUAACGAGAGUAACGCAUUUCAUUGUUGAAUAUUCCUUGGUAGAAUGUUGCAUCUAGACAUUGUGUGACAUUGACUUAAGUCUACAACACAUUAGGAAUACUUGCUCUUUGCACUUCAUAAACUGACCAGCUGAAAAUUACAAUCCCUUCUUGAUGUCACUUGUUAAAUCCACUUCAAUCAGUGUAGAUAGGUUUUAAGAAGGAUUUUUAAGCCUUGUUACAAUUGGUUUUGUGUUAUUUAAAUGUUUCACCUGCUUCUGACUCACCGGCCCAUCAUUACACAGAUUUAAGUCAAAACUGUAACCUGGUCACUCAGGAACAUUCACUGUCUUCUUGGUAAGCAACUACAGUGUAAUUAUGCAGCUGUGUCAUAUGCUGCAGCCACCACCAUGCUUGAAAAUAAAGAGGUAGUUAUUCAGUGACACGUUCUAUUGGAUUUUCCCAAAACAUAUUCCUUUGUUUUUGUUGUCGUAUUAGUGUAGUGCCUUUAUUGCAUACAAUAUGCCAGUUUUGGAAUAUUUGUAUUUUGUAUACUUGUAUUUUCACUCAUUGAUUAAAGUCAUUAUUGUGGAGUCACAUGUUGAUCCAUUCUGUUUUCUCCCAUCACAGCCAUUGAACUGUAACUGUUUUAAAAUCACUAAUGGCCUCAUGGUAGCAUUCCUGCAGCUCAGUUCAGAAGGAUGGCUGUCUCUUGGUGUUUUUAAAGUAAGAUGAUCAUGAUAGUGCCUUAAUUCAUGUUUACUUUACAUGUAGUAGUGAACCUUUUUAAAAGUAUUCUAAAAUCAAUCUUAUCAAAGCGAUGGUACCAGAUUUACAGGAAAGGUGAAGUGUUACCGUAGUGAUGUUAUUGUACUUGUCACGUCUCAUUUUGUGCAAUAAAAGUAUUGUACUUCA